GCGAACGAUGCGAGCUGGCCUCAGUUGAGGCCUGGACUGGCGCGGCGCGCUGGACAAAGGGAGACAUCCUACCGCUGCGCGGCCUCGGCCAGUGGUAGCGGAGCCGGGACGAUCCACGGCAUCCAGCCUGCGGCGGGCGCUUCUGUGCGGCGCACAGGCCAGGGCUGCAGCGCAGCCCGCAUCAUCGAGUUCGUGCUGAACCUCAGCAUCAUUCUCUCCCAGGUGGUCGAGUACUGCCAGAGUCUUCUCUUCCAGGUGGUCGAGUCCUGCCGGAAUUUCCACACGAUGGCGGACGGAGCUUUCCAGGGCGGCGGCGACGGCUAUUCCCUCAUUCCGGUCUGGCACGGUGCGCCGCAGGGCUGGAGACGCUACGGGGAUGGUGUCAAGAUCUGGGCGUUGGGGACCAGCCUCGACGUCAAUUGCUGUGUGACCGCCCUCCUCGUCUCGAAACUCAAGGGCACCGCUAGGCAGGCCGCCGACAACGUGCGCGGCACCAACAAUGUGCUGUUGGCGCUCGAGGCGGCUUUCAACCCACAGCAGGCGGUUCGACGAGGAGAGUCGAAGGGUGAGUUCUUCGAGUCGCAAAGAUACAACCGCAGGAGCGGCGAGAGGAUCACGGAUUUCAUCCCGAGGUUCGAGGAGGGCCUCCAGCGGCUAGAGGACGUCGGCGUGCAGUUCGCAGAUGAAGACGAUGUCCUCGGCUGGUGGUUCCUGAAGAAGUGCACCCUGAACGCUGAGAGGCACGAACAAGUGGUGGCGGCCCUCCGGGACGAGAAGUACAGGUUCACCCACGUCAAGAAGAUCGUGGCCAGGCUCUUUCCCAACCUGCACGUGAACGAGCCCCGAAGGCUGCCCCCCCCAGGUUUCCUCAGGGACGAGGUGGCUACCGUGGACAGCAGCACCGAGGUGGACAGCAAGGCGGAGGGCCAGGGCGACGACGAGGAAUGCGACGAGGCCAACGAGGUGAAUGCGGAUCAGGUCAGCGACGUCCAGGGGUUCGUGAGGCACGAGCUCGAAGCUCUGGCGGCGGAGAUCGAGGAGUCCCAGAUCGAUCUCCCGACCGAGCAGACCACGGCUCUCGAAGAGGCGGCGCUCCAGGAGUCGCAGCUCCCUGAGGCAGUCGAGAUCAUCCGCGACGCCCGCGAAAAGCUGAGCAGGAAGGGCGGGCGUGGCAAGGGCCGGGGCCGCGACUUAGCUGACAAGCUCAAGGAACGUAAGAAGAAGUCGACCUGCAAGGCCUGCGGCAAGACUGGCCGCUGGGCGGGCGAUCCCGAAUACAAGGCUCCAGCUGAACGUGGUGCUUGGAUCACGGCGGCCAGCGACGGAGACUCGGACUCGGCGUGCGAGGCGCCCGCGGUCCACUCCGCCGGGAUCCCUCUGCCCAGGAUCGAGGAGGAGGUCCUCAGGAGCCAGUUGAUCAGGAUGGUCAAGGAUCACCUCAGGAAUGCGGUCGACACGGCCUACCUGGAGGUGUUGAAGGAGCUCGGGCUUGACGAGCUGGUCGAGUGCGAGACGGUGAUCGAGAAGUUCCGGCUCGGGGACGGUGGGACGCUCAUGUCAUGCGAGGCGUUCAGGUUCCCGGCUGUGGUGGCCGGAACCCCAGUGCACGUGCAGGCGAUCGGCGCCGACAUCGACGUGGGAAGGAAGCGUCUUUCCGUGGGAUCCGGGUCACAGUUCCUGCUGGACAGCGAGAACAAGCACUUUGCCCUGGAGCUCAAGCCAGAGAAGUUCACGGCUCUCAAGGAGGCCUACGAAGGCAAGGAGGAGCUCCCACCGAAGCUGGCCCAGAAUGCGCGCCCGGCUCCGAGGUCGGCUGGGAGAAUGGGCUCGUGCGUGCUCAAGAUAUGUACCAUCGCGGCCUCCAUGUGCAGUGGCAAAGCAGACCCGUGUGCGACAACUUCGGCAGGACGGCUCGAGGGUCAG